AUGGCUCCUCUCCAAGACCCCCGAUACCGACAGACCUGGAACCAAUUGUCCCAGAACGCUGAAUCGGCUACCGAGACGGCCGCCGCGGGAAUCUGGACCUUCCAGCACAAUUACCUGAACCCGUGCUUCUCAUCUAUCGCGAAUAGCAUUGAGCUGUGCACGAGUUACUGUCUACCCGACCGGGAGGAACGCGCGCGGCGCAUUCGAGAGAGAGGGCGCUCGCGGGGUAGGGCGGAGUUGAGCUUCGACUUUUACGAUGAUUGGGAUCAGGAUGAUGACGGUUUAAGUGGAGGGUUACUAGGAGGGUGGGGGAACGAUGAACUGGGUAGGUUGCUGGCUGGCAGCGGAUCGCAUAGCGGGCCAAGUGGUGGAGCCGACCAAGCGCCGCGGAGAAAACGAGGGAUGAGUUAUGGUACUAGAGGAGGCAGACGGAAGAGUCUCGAGCCCGACCCGACUGUCAUACCGAGUACGAGUGCUCUGGGCUUCUUGGGACGUUUACCUUUCAGGCUCGGGGGAACACUGAGAUAUAAGCCCAGUGCAGCAGAUCUCCAGGAUCAUCCAGGGGCGCCACGGUUUGGAUUUAGGGAUGAGGAAGGAGAGCCGCUUAUCUCGGAGGAUAAUAGUGAUGAUGAAAGAAUGCGGCGGAAGGGCCAUACUAGAAGUCGUAGCGGUACCGCGAGCUCAGGCGAGACGACGAAUUCUAUGCGAUCGCGAGGUGAUCUCUAUCCUAGUGACGGAGAAGACGAUGCAGUGCCGCUGAGCGAUGAAUUUGCUAUGGUUUUAGAGAGACGGAUGACGAUUACGGAUGACAGGAGCAGUGGGAAGACCAAAGCCAGUAGAGACAAGAGACCUGCCGGCUCGAGGACUAUAUCCAGGACGAUGUCCAGAACUACCCAGUCGUCACAAUCGAGGCCGUCUACACUUCGGGCUAGCUCGAAUUCUCUGCCCGAGACUCCGGAUCUACAAAGCCCAGGGAUGGUUCAGACGCCGUCGCUAUCAGCUUUGCAAAGGGAAGAGGAAAGGGUACGGCACGAAGAGGAGAUGGAAGUAGAAAUGAAACGACAAGCUGCUGUGAGGCUGGCUGUUGAGCGUGGACUUCAUCAUUCUGAAGAGCGAACGGAAUCGAUAUCAGAGGCAAAGGUAGAGCCUACCCAGGUCGAAAACAUCUCUACGCUGGAUUUCGUCGAGACAUCUUAUCCGAGCUCGGAUGGCGUGGCCCAGACAAGUGUGUCCGAAACAGCUUCCACCACCCGAGCUAGCGAAGACUUCGUGCCUGCGAGACUACCACAUUUCAGCUAG